UUUAAAAGUCUAUUGGAAUGUGAAACUCGGAGGGAGACCAUCACAGACAAUGGAAGAAAUCCCCAUUAAUUACCAGUGACAUCCUCCUGCGUCUUCUAUUUAUUGCUCACUUACCUCGCCAUCGAAUCGAUAUCCUUCAAAUCUGAAAUCCGCGGCCUUGCUAGCCAUUCUUGAGUUAGAUAGAGAGUGGAAACUAAUGGGUAGGAAACUCGGCUUCACUUCCUUCUUCUCUAGAACGAGCCACGCCACCUCCCCUUAUUCUUCAACAGCGCGGCCUUGGCCUUCUUGCGCGCAGCCAAAGCCAAAGACACUCUCCUUCAUGUUGGAGAAUGAUUUCGACGAACCCUUCUUCGAUCUCGUCGAGUUGUCGUCGUCGUCGUCAUGCCUAAGCGAGGCCGUGGCUCGCGGGGUGAGGUCGGAGAGGCUCUUCUUCGAGCCAUGGACGGCGGCGACGAUGCUGCCGGCGGCGUUCGAAGGGGACGUCGCGGUGGAGGUGGACUCGGAUGAUCCGUACAGAGAUUUUAAGCAGUCGAUGGAGGAGAUGCUGAUGGCGCACGGAGUGAGAGAUUGGGCCUGGCUGGAGGAGAUGCUGCGGUGGUACUUGGAGGCUAAUGGAAAGAGCACUCAUGGAAUUAUCGUAGCAGCAUUUGUGGAAAUACUUUUGGACCUUAUUGCUUUGCCUUCUUCGUCGCCUUCUUCUUCUUUGAGAUCUUGAUCUUUUGCUCUUGACAUUGAAGAAGAGGGACGUGCAAAUUGAUUUGACUUUACUAGAAUCAUCUUGU